CGCAUUCAUCUCAACAGCAACAGCAGUUAGAAAGCAGAACUUGCAAGUGCAUCUCCAAAAGAGUAAGCCCAAACGCAGAGUCUUCAUAUAGUGUUCGUAUUUGUCACUGAUUAUUUACAGCCAUGGCCGAUCCCAGAAUCAAGCCUAUAGUAAUUAAGACGGGUGUCGUCACCAGAUUAAGUAAAGAAAAGUUGAUGUAUGAAAAGGAAGUUGUUGACCAGGAGGCAAAAAUAGAAAAGAUGAAAGCUGACCAGAAGGAUGAAUAUGAUAUUAAGAAGCAGGUGGAAGUGUUACAAGAGUCCAAGGCCAUGAUCCCGGAUUGUAAACGCAGACUAACCACUGCACAUGAGGAGCUGAAACAGUUGCUGGAAAACGAGAAAGAUUUAUGUGAAGUUGAACAGUACAAGAAGGCUGAGUUGGCAUUACAAAACUCCCUGCCACAGUUAAGCUAGUCUGAGAUCCAGCUCAUCAUACAGUGAUAUCAGAUGAUAUAGAUCAUCAAGUUUAUAUUCAUUGUAAUGAUACACAUACGCACGUUACUUGGCUGAUACCAGCACGUCAAUAUGUGAAUUAUAUUUACACUCAGCAUACCGUUUAUGACUUUCAGUAGUUCAAAUCUUAGUGAAUAAUUUAUGGCAAAUUUUUACUGAGCAGUUGUUUUCCCCUUUCCAUAGAUGUACCACUUAACAAAUAGAUCAACCUGUAUGUUGUUUAUUCAGCAAGGUUGUGUUUAUUCUGGCAGUCAUUCUUACGAGUAGAAAUUCUGUCUGUCCAAGUUAAACUGAUUUCCUGAGGCCAUAUUCUAUUUUGAUCCUUUUUGAAAUGAACGUAUGAAUAUAGUCGUGCUACAGAGGGACACAGUUUCCUUGAAAAUUUGAUUUCCAAGGUUUUAUGUUAAUGGGCCCAGAUGGUUUGCUCAUGCAUCGUGCAUUACCUGCAUGAUGUCAAGUGCUCCUAAAAGACCCAACUUCUGAGAAAAUCAUUUUUUUUUCUACAAAUACCAUUUGAUGAGUUUGUGUUUAUCGUAUAAAGCUGCGUCACAAGGCUUUCCACAUAAACUACUAUUUAAAAGGCUCUUCAGUCUUAUUUAUGUCCACCAGAAUGCUCUGGCAUUGUCAUUUAAUUUAUGUUAAAGUGUUCAAGCUUAUUUUGCUAUAAAAUCAUUUUUCAUCUUAA